UCAAAAUCAAACAAAUAUUUAUUUUUAAGCUGACACAUGUCAAAUCUGGUAAAUUUCUCUUUGAAUUUUGACACUUGCAAAUAUUUUGCAGAUACAGCACCUGCUUAGCGCAUAAAUAUCAGCGUCGAUUAACAAUUACCCGCAAAUUCACCAAUCCAUUUCGAUAAACUACGCAUCAAAACAGCACAAUGGCAACGGCAUUGCCGGACAGCGCACCACCACCGGAGAAAACACUCGCACAGCUCUUCACUGAAGGACUCAACCUCUUCAAUAACCUGGGAAAAAUUGACGAGCCGACCAACAGCCCAAAUGUCCAAAUAAACGUGCGUAAAGCAAUGACACUCCUCGAGGACGCCACUCGUCUAGCAUCCAUGGCGAAUAUUUUCAGCCGGAAUGAAGCAAUCAAUGAAAUUCCAACUGAACACAUUCAAUAUCUCCUGUUACCAGCACUACUUGGCUCCUUAACACUCCAACUCACAUGUGGGGAGAGAAAGAAUAUCAUUGCAACUGCAGACACAUACUUCAGAGACUUCUUGCAAAGAUGCAAUGAUUAUGGUUUAAGUGAUCACAAAUUCAGUGACAAUCAACUUGAGCCAGCAAAACCAAAUGAAUCACAAGCACAAGGACAAUCACAGAUGGAUAUGAUUGUUAAAUCAGUCAACACAAGAGCCAGUAAAAUACAAAGAUUCAAGGAUAAGAAAGAACUGCAAGAGAAACUUGUUGUUCUGAAAGAGAAUUUAAACAAUGAACAUGUUGAUGAUGAAAUCAAAAGAGAUUAUUUUCUUACUCUGGUGAAGACAUACAUUUAUGAAGCAGUGGAUGAGUUGCAGAGUAUUGAUAUGGAGAAACCCAUUCUGGAUCACAUUGAGAAGAUGGGUCCUGAGAUGAGGAAACAGCCAAAGAUUCCAGUCAAACCUUUGAAGCCAAUUAUUAUUACCAGGGAUGAAAUACAGAAGGCUGUGUAUGGUGCUGGUUAUCCAUCUUUACCUACCAUGACUGUUGCGGAGUUUUAUGAUAAAAGAGUGAGAGAUGGUAUCUUUCCAGACCCAAAUAAACCUAAGACAGGGCCAAUGUCAAUGCAGGAGGCUGCUUUGGCUGGUAUUUCACUUAAUAAUGAGGAUAAGGAAGCUGAAGAGAAGGAGAAUCUGGAAGAGGCUGAUGAUGAAGAUUUUCUGGCGAGUGAAAGGGCUAGAGAUGAGUAUAAGGAUGAUCAUAGGAGAGGUUGGGGCAACAGGAUGAAUAGAAGUUAAGGGGAGAAGUUGUUUGGCAGUAAAUUACUUUUGUGAAUAUUUGUUUCAUUUUUUUGUUCGAAUAAAGAACGGAUUCUUUUGUA